GGCGGCGGGGGGGGGGCCUCAGCCUCUGGGGCUUGACAGGUCGGAGGUGGGUUAGCAGACUUGAUGUUGUUGCUGUCCAGCCGCCGUCGCUGAUGUUCCUGCGCCGCGUCUGUUCUCCCGAGACAUGGACGCCACGAUGUUUCAGCUGAGGUCGUUCGUUCACCAGCGGCUGUACGCAGCGGCGGAGGAGAUCCUCGGAGAGGUGGAGAAAACCAUAACGCUAGCGCUGUACGAAGCCGAAGUUAGUCGGUCUAAAGAGGAGGUCGAAAGUCUGCGACGCCAGCUGGGCCUUCUGCGAAAGAACUCAGCUGCAGAGCUUCCACUGACCAGAAGCACCACAGAACAUGGAGACCAACGUGACACCCUAGUGCUGCAGGAAAACCCAGGACCCUCGACUCCAGAGGAGACUAACUUCAGUCUGAGUGCUGUGUUACCAGGACCCUCACAAACCAGCGCGGGCCUGGGCAAUAAUAACUGGAACUACUGCCUGGUUGAGACAGAUUUCAAGAUGUCUGAGAUAAAAGAGGAGCAGGAGGAACUUGGGGACGAGAGUCAAACACAGGGGAUUGUUUUUCCUUCCCCGGAAAUUGUGAAAAGUGAGCGAGAUCAGCCAGAGACGCAAGCAUCAUAUGAAAUGCAGCCAGUUUCCUCAGACUGCUCUGCAGCUCAGAGCGAGAACAAUGACAGUGAUGAGGAGUCAGUGAGCAGCAAAGGAGAGCAGACCAAAACAAUGAAAAGGAAAGGAAAGAGUUUGCAAGGACAAAGCGGCAGUAAUGAUAAGAAGGACCAAGCCGUGUUGCCUUACGAGAAUCGUUCUUCUAAAGGUCAAAAGGACCGCAGCUUUUGCCAUUUAUGUGGCAAGGGAUUUCAGUACAUCGGCUCCUUGAUGAAGCACAUAAAAACGCACGAGAGCAAGACUGAUUGCACUGUUUGUGGGAUGGCACAACAGUCCACAAAAGAGUUGAUAACUCACAUGAAGGGCUGUCACAACAAAACAUAUUUUUGUGACAUUUGUGGCAAGACUUUUGCCAGUAAUCGUUGUCUCCGGCUGCAUGAAAGAAUACACACAGGCACAAAGGAGUUUGCGUGUCAAGAGUGUGGCAAAACAUUUUACCGUAGAGAGCACCUCGUCGUCCAUGUGAGGACCCACUCUGGGGAGAAACCGUAUCACUGUGAUAUCUGUGGAAAAGCAUUCAGCCAAAGCCAGAACCUCACAAUUCAUAAAAGAAGUCAUUCAGGGGAGAGACCAUAUCAUUGUGGCCUGUGUGGCAAACUCUUUAACACUAGCAGUCACCUCAAAACUCACAUGAGAUACCAUUCGGGAGAAAAACCGUACCCCUGUGAUAUUUGCGGUAAGCGUUUUCGCCAAAGUGGACAGAUGACGAGACAUAGGACCACACACACGGGAGAGAGGCCGUAUGCCUGUCAUGUUUGUGGCAUGAGAUACAGCGUUUGUUUUCCCACCACCCCUGUCCACCGAGGACAGCGCGAUGUAUCAGCUGAGGUCGUUCGUCCACCGGCGGCUGUACGCAGCGGCGGAGGAGAUCCUCGGAGAGGUGGAGAGAGCCAUAACGCUAGCGCUGCAGGAAGCCGGUGUCCGCCGACCGGGAGAAGAGCCCCACGCGCUGCGUCAAAGGCCGGACUUCACGGAGCACAUAGCAGUUACAGAAUCUCCACUUACCAACUGCACUAUGACUGGAGAGGAGGUGCCGCAGGAGACCUCAACACAACCCGUGGUACAAGAGUCUGACCGAAGUACAGCUAAGGUCCCAGGCUCCUCUCAAAGCGGAGCAGAUACAGAAAACAAUGAUGGGAACUACUGCUUGGUUCAGAUAGACUUCAAA